GGGUAUUAUCGUCAAUUUAUUAUAUAGAGGUAGUUGUAUAUUUAAAAUGUUUCCACAGAUCAGCUUUUUUCUAGGUUUAAGCAGGGUUUUUGAUUAACGCCGGUGUUGUCUUGUUCUUGCUUCAUUUUCCUCCCGUCAACUUCUUCAUUUUUCUCUCUUUAUUCAUCUUCUGUAACACCAAACACUCAUUAUUCCCCUUGGAUAAUUUCUGGGUAUAUAAAUCUACAACUCCAUUUUGAUCUUUGGAUCAUCACAAAAAGAUGUGGAGAAAACUCUCAAACUUUGAUAUUAUGAGGAAGAUUAAAAUAACUAGAGUGUUUCAAUCCUCUUCAAACAUCACAAAAUUGAAAGAAUCAUCGCAAAGUUCAACUGAAAUCAGGCAAUUUAUAGGGCAUAAUGUAAAUCCCAGGUUUCCAUCGGUGGGUUUAGGGCAAACUGGCGAGUUCUUAUCAAGAUUUAAUGAGAUGGGUAGUCCUAAUUUCAUAUUUUCUGCAAAUCCUAUAGGAAUUUACGGGAUUUGUGAUCAACCCAAAUGUUAUUACGCAAGUGCUGCUGAAGCUAUAACAGUAUCUUCUUCUGAAGAUGAUGAAACUCGUGAAUUAGUGGAGAAAAUUAACAAAGUAGAGAGUGCAAAAGAUGUAAAACGGCCCAAUUUACGACGUAAGGAAGGGGAUAAAUUGAUUGCCGGAAUGCCUCCAGGGAGGUAUAAUGCCCUUAGAAAGAGGCAAGUGAAAAUUGAGACAGAAGCUUGGAAUGAAGCAGCAAAAGAAUAUCAGGAGUUGUUAGCUGAUAUGUGUGAACAAAAGCUUGCUCCUAAUUUGCCUUAUAUGAAGUCCUUGUUUCUGGGUUGGUUUGAGCCUUUAACGGAUGCAAUUAAAGCUGACCAAGAGUUGGUCAGGUUAGGGAAGUAUAAGGCAGUGUUUGGACCAUAUAUGGAUCAGUUACCCGCGGAUAUGAUGGCAGUUAUUACUAUGCAUAAGUUGAUGGCUUUGUUGAUGGCUGGUAGUGGGGAUGGCAGCGUGACUGUGGUCCAAGCCGCGUCUCAUAUUGGUGAAGCUAUUGAGCAGGAGGCUAAACUUCAAAGGUUUUUGGAAAAAUCAAAACGGAAAUCUGGAAAUAAAAUUCCCAUUGAGGAUGAUGCAGAAAAAGCACAGCAGAGGCUUGUGAAGAAGGUGACAGCUUUAAUGAAGGAGCAAAAAGUUCAAUUGCUUCGUAAAAUUGUGAAGGGACAAGAUGAUUCAAAUCCUUGGGGUCUGGAUAUGCAAGUAAAGGUUGGCUGCAGAUUAAUUGAAAUGUUGAAGGAAACAGCUUAUAUACAACCUCCGGUAGAUCAAUCAGCUGAUGGUCCACCUGACAUUCGUCCUGCAUUCAUUCACACCCAAAAAACCUAUUCCAAAGAAUCACAAAAAGGAGUGUACAGAAGGUAUGGAAUUAUACAAUGUGAUCCCUUGGUGCGCAAGGGUUUAGAAAAAACUGCAAGACACAUGGUGAUACCAUACAUGCCAAUGUUGGUUCCUCCAUUAAAUUGGACCGGGUAUAACAAAGGAGCACAUUUGUAUCUUCCAUCUUAUAUUAUGAGAACCCAUGGAGCAAAACAGCAAAGAGAUGCCUUUAAAAGGAUUUCAAAUGAUAAUUUAACUAUGGUUUACGAGGCUCUUGAUACACUUGGCAACACCAAAUGGAGGAUCAAUAAAAAGGUACUUAGUGUCAUAGACAGGAUAUGGGCUAGUGGUGGUCGUCUUGCUGAUUUAGUUGACCGUGAAGAUGUUCCGUUGCCAGAGGAACCAGAUACAGAUGAUGCGGCAGAACUUAAGAAAUGGAAGUGGAAAAUUAAAGGUGUUAAGAAACAAAAUGCUGAAAGGCAUUCUCAACGAUGUGAUACAGAACUCAAACUAGCUGUUGCGAGAAAGAUGAAGGAUGAGGAAGGAUUCUACUAUCCGCACAACGUGGAUUUCCGAGGUCGUGCAUACCCCAUGCAUCCUCAUUUGAACCAUCUUGGUUCAGAUUUAUGUCGGGGAAUCUUAGAGUUUGCUGAGGGCCGUCCUCUUGGAAAGUCAGGACUUUGCUGGCUUAAAAUACAUCUUGCGAAUUUAUUUGCUGGUGGUGUUGAUAAAUUGUCAUAUGAAGGUCGGAUAGCAUUUAUCGAGAACCAUCUAGAUGAUAUUUAUGAUUCUGCGGACAGGCCUUUGGAAGGAAAACGCUGGUGGUUGAAUGCGGAAGAUCCUUUCCAGUGCCUGGCAGCAUGUGUAAAUCUUACUGAAGCUUUAAGAAGCUCAUCUCCAGAUGACUACAUUUCACAUAUACCAGUCCACCAGGAUGGUUCGUGUAACGGUUUGCAACAUUAUGCUGCCCUAGGAAGAGACAAGUUGGGAGCAGAGGCCGUGAAUCUUGUUGCUGGGGAUAAACCAGCUGAUGUUUACUCAGGAAUUGCUGCUCGAGUUCUUGAAAUAAUGCGUAAAGAUGCUGAGAAAGAUCCUUUAACCGAUCCUAAUGCACCCGUCGCGAAGCUUCUGUUAGAUCAGGUGGACAGGAAGCUGGUCAAGCAGACUGUAAUGACUUCAGUGUAUGGUGUCACCUAUAUUGGUGCUCGUGAACAAAUUAAGAGGAGACUGAAAGAACGUAAUGCAAUCGCUGAUGAUAACAAGCUGUUUGCGGCAUCGUGUUAUGCUGCUAAAACCACUAUGACUGCACUGGAAGAAAUGUUUGAAGCAGCACGAGGCAUAAUGGACUGGCUUGGUGAUUGUGCCAAGAUUAUAGCAUCUGAAAACAAACCUGUGCAAUGGACGACACCACUUGGACUCCCUGUUGUUCAACCUUAUAGAAUUCUUGGAAGACGCCUGAUCAAGACUUCUAUCCAAGUUUUAACACUUUGCCACGAUUCCGAUAAGGUCAUGGUUAAGCGCCAGAGAACAGCAUUCCCUCCGAAUUUUGUUCACUCUCUUGAUGGAUCCCAUAUGAUGAUGACUGCAAUUGCCUGCCAACAGGCUGGCUUGUAUUUUGCAGGAGUUCAUGAUUCGUAUUGGACACAUGCAUGUGAUGUUGAAAAGAUGAACCAGAUAUUAAGGGAGAAGUUUGUUGAGCUCUAUGAACAACCUAUACUUGAGAAUUUGUUGAAUAGCUUUCAAGACUCCUUCCCGGGAUUAGAAUUUCCUCCUCUCCCUGAACGAGGAGAUUUUGACUUACGAGAGGUUCUGCAGUCUCCUUAUUUCUUCAAUUAGAUCUUCACAAAGAAUUCCAUGGUUGAUCUAUCAGUAUAGCCUUCAUGAGUUCAUAUAAAUAUAUACACAGUGAUGGGCUUUUAAGAUUCAUUGAUUACUAAUGGCUCAUUUAGGGGAGGCAACGAUUUGCCUCACGCCACAUCAUUGAUGCAAAACAGCGAACAACUCAUUUAAGACAAAAAUGGAGAUGGCAUAGAGGGAACUACUCACUGUGGACCAUCUGCCUGCUCAUUGUUGCUGAAAAAAUAAGUCUUUUGGAUCAGAGUUGUUCCCUUAAAAACUAAUGGCUGGGAGAUCUUAUUUUGAUUGAUUAUAGAAAUAAACGACAAAAAAUCGUCAAUAGAGCUUCUUUAUGGUUAUGGGAAAGAAUCUUUGAUGGCAGCUAUUCAAUUUUUGAUGACGAAAAACUGCGAAAAUCCGUUGAUAACGAGAAGCAGCAGAUUUAUAUACGCCUUAACUUGCGUAGUGUGUGACUGUGAGUAUAUCAAUGUAUGUUCUUUUCCUGUUUUGAUUAAUUAUAGGAGUUUUUUGUGUUGUAUUUUUGCAAUGUUGGACAUCUAUGUUCUUGCUUGUAUACUUGUAUAGUGUUAAGUGUAUCAUUUAAGAAUCAAUUCGAAUAAAAGACGUGAAUGAAUUGAUGAUCAUCUUCUUCUUAAGUUCCCGAAUGGGUUUGGCAUAUCUCACACUUAAUCAUUAAUGUUGAGGCAACAUUUUUAUCUUU